UUAUUUAGUUAAAAAAGGACGAACAAACUUUUUUAAAAAUUGUCCUAAUAACAGACAAUUCGGAAAGUCCAUUAUACUUUUAUUUUAGAUGGCAUUUGCUGGAAAAGUUGUGUUAAUAACAGGAGCUAGCUCUGGUAUCGGCGCUGCGACAGCUGUUCAUUUUGCCCAACUUGGGGCGUCGUUAUUGUUAACAGGUCGUAAUUUGGAGAAUUUAAAGGCGGUUGCUGAAAAAUGCAAACCUAGCAAAUCGUUUAUCGUAACCGGAGAAAUAACUAAAGAAACCGAUGUUAAAAAUAUUAUCGAAUCUACCAUUAAACAGUAUGGUAAAUUAGAUGUUUUGGUCAAUAAUGCUGGCGUAUUGGAACAUGGAAGCAUAGAGACUACUUCAAUGGAGCAAUACGAUAGGGUAUUCAAUGUAAACGUACGUUCUUUAUAUCAUUUAACAAUGCUUGCUGUUCCACAUAUAAGGGAAACUAAAGGUAAUAUCGUAAACGUGUCGAGCGUUUGCGGAUUAAGAUCGUUCCCAGAGGUUCUAUCGUAUUGCAUGAGUAAAUCAGCUGUCGAUCAAUUCACAAGAUGCACUGCUCUCGAGCUUGCAUCGAGACAAGUUCGAGUAAAUGCUGUGAACCCUGGCGUUGUAAUUACGGAUCUUCAUAGGAGGAGCGGUAUGACGGACGCGGAAUUGAAGGAAUAUUUCGAGAAGAGUAAUAAAACCCAUGCGCUCGGCAGGACAGGAGAUGUUACAGAGGUCGCGAAGGCAAUUACAUUUUUGGCACACGACGAUGCUAGUUUCAUAACAGGUGUAACUUUAUCCGUCGACGGAGGGAAACAUGCGAUGUGUCCCCGUUAACUUGUACUCAAAAUACGAAUCAUUGUUAUUGUUAUAUUUAUUAUUGAAGAACCUGUUAUACUUGGAAUGUGAUACAAUAUUAAGAUUUACCU